AUGUGGCGAUCAGGAUUCAGGGUGAUAGAUUGCUUCUCUUGUCGACGGCUGACCGGGUUCCGGAACAGAGCGAUCGAAACGAAGAUAAGGAAGCGAGCGGGAAAGGAACGAGCAUUCUCUCUAUCUCUUUUCUCUCCUCUCUCCAUUCAAGAACUUAUACCUCUCUCUCGCGAUGCGUGUAAGCUCCACUCCUGUGAGCAGCAAUGGCUUCUCGGUUGGUUUGAGGUCUCGCGACCCGGUUCUUCAGCUAGGGUUUCUCCCCCGUUGGAAGAGUGGAAAUAGGGUUCUCUCUCAGAGGAAGAUCCGGCAGCGGUUCCCUAGGGCAAGCUUCUCUUCCGACCCACUCUUGGUUCAGGCUGCUAGAGGAAAUCUCAUAAGUCGGCCUCCAGCAUGGAUGAUGCGCCAAGCAGGAAGGUAUAUGGCUGCUUACAGAAAGCUUGCAGAGAAAUACCCAUCAUUCAGAGAGAGAUCAGAGACAGUUGAUCUCAUAGUAGAAAUUUCUUUGCAGCCAUGGAGAGCUUUUCAGCCAGAUGGAGUCAUAAUUUUCUCUGACAUACUUACUCCUCUACCUGCAUUUGGUGUACCUUUUGAGAUAGAAGAAGUAAAGGGACCUAUCAUUCCAUCACCUAUUUUCUCCACGGAGGGUCUUAAAAAAUUGCAUCCAAUUGAUUUGGAGAAACUUCAGUUUGUAGGAGAGUCUCUAAGGAUCUUACGCAACGAGGUUGGAGAGAAAGCAGCGGUGCUUGGAUUUGUUGGAGCACCAUGGACACUUGCUACUUAUAUUGUGGAAGGGGGUUCAACCCGCACAUAUACAGCUGUGAAAAGCAUGUGCCAUACUGCACCAAAUGUUUUGAAGGCUCUUCUCUCUCAUCUUACACAAGCAAUAUCUGACUAUAUCAUUUUCCAAGUGAAUUCAGGAGCUCAGUGUAUACAAAUUUUUGAUUCAUGGGGUGGACAACUACCACCUAAUGUUUGGGAGCAGUGGUCAAAGCCAUACAUCAAGCAGAUGGUAAGUUCAAUAAAGAAGGAAUGCCCUCAGAUACCACUUGUGUUAUAUGUCAAUGGUAAUGGGGGCCUACUUGAGCGCAUGACUGGAACUGGAGUUGAUGUGAUUGGACUUGACUGGACAGUGGAUAUGGCAGAUGGAAGGAGGCGGCUUGGAAGUAAAAUUAGCGUGCAGGGAAAUGUAGACCCAGCUUAUCUAUUUUCUCCACUUCCUGUUUUGACAGAUGAAAUCCAUAGGGUUGUGAGAUGUGCUGGGCGAAGGGGACAUAUACUAAAUCUGGGCCAUGGUGUUCUUGUGAAGACGCCAGAGGAGGCUGUUGCACAUUUCUUUGAUGUUGUAAAGAGCUUGAAUUAUGACAAAUUCUUUGAAAGUGGUGCAGCUGAAGAACUGGAGCCUGUUGGGCAGUUGUAGAAUUCAGAGUUUGCAUCAAUGAAUCGAAAUUUUUUGCCAAAUUCAUGGUUCCCAACUUGGUUAUCUGCUGAAAAGCUCCUCGUGGAUUGUGUACCUUUAGGUGAACUUGUUCAUGACUCAUUGUUCAGCCAUUUAAUGGCACUCCAAGUAAUAAAGAGAAAUUCACCAGUCUUCUAUCUUCUUGCUCGUGUACAUAAAUGCAAAUUAGCUAUGCAUUGUUCUGGCUGCUAAGAGGCUAUUUCAUCUGACAUUUGUUUGCAAUGGAAGCAAGAGCUGUGAUGCCUUUGUCGUGA